UCAAAAACAUAUGUAAAUUGUUAUCAAUUUUAUAAUAUUUGACAAUUAGGUCAAUUAAUUUAAAAGAAAAAUAUGCAAUAAUGGCUAGUAGCUUAGACGAAGACAAUCAUUGGGUCACAGAUUUGGAAAAUGCUUUGUUGGAAGAGUGUUCAGCUACAGAUAUUUAUUGCAUUUGUAAAGGCAAACCUUUACCUGAUCAUUUAAGGGCAGAAGUUUGGCAGAUAUGUUUAGAUGUGCGAGAUAAAGGUAAUCAAUUAGAUCAUUUCAAUGAAGUUUUUGAUUUGCCAAAUCAAACAGCCUUAAGGGAGGAUUGUACAAAUUUCGUUUCCAAACUAGGAAAUGAGGACGAAGAUAAAAUACAAGUUACUUCCGACCUCGAAUCAAUUAUUACCUUUUACUGUAAAAGCAGAAAUGUACCGUAUUCAAAAAACAAUGGAUGGAUAGAAAUGCUGUUACCCAUUUUAACAUUAAAAGUACCAAAGUCUACAAUUUACAACCUUUUUGAGGCCAUACAUGAUACUUUUAUUCCUCAAAGUAGCUCGAAGGAUGGAAAUGCAUUUCACAUUUUAAGGCUGUUGCUACUCUACCAUGAUCCAGAAUUAUGUUCAUUUUUGGACACACGCAAAAUAACACCCAGUUCUUAUUGCUUAAAAUGGUUUCAUUCACUGUUUGCGUCCACUUGUACUUUAGAAGUUGUAAUAAAUAUGUGGGAUUAUUAUUUUCAACAGUCUGACCCAUUUUUUAUUUUCUUUUUAUCUCUUAUUAUGAUUAUAAAUGCUAGAGAUCAGAUAGUUUCUAUGAAGAAUGAAAAUGUAGAUAAAAUAAUAAACAGUCUUUCAAAUAUGCCGUUUGGACUAGAAGCUGAUGAUGUUUCUGACUUUUGUUCCUUGGCACAGUAUUAUGCCCUGAAGACACCCACAUCUUUUAAGAAUGAACUCAUGCAGACAAUUUACAAUGGUCGCAGUGAAUCUUUAAUUUCUGUAUCUCAAGCUUUAUGCUUGCCAGUCUCUGUUCACGAACUAGUUGAAAAUAUAGCAAGAGAUUCUACUAAUAUUGAUGCAGUAAGAUUUUUUUUGGUGGAUUGUCGCCCAGUAGACCAUUACAAUGCUGGACACUUACCCACGGCUUUUCACUUGGACUGCAACUUGAUGUUGCAAGAACCCACUGCAUUUGCUACAGCGGUUCAAGGAUUACUCAGUGCCCAAAAACAAGCUCUAGCACAUAAUUCGAAAGCAGGCGGAGAACAUUUAUGUUUUCUGGGAUCUGGUCGCAAUGAAGAAGACCAAUACACUCACAUGGUUGUGGCGUCUUUUUUACAAAAACACACGCAAUACGUUUCAUUGUUAACUGGAGGAUAUAUUGCGUUGCAUGAUUAUUUUUCAGAUAAUUUGAAUUAUUUCCAAGAACACAACCCAAAGAACUGCAUUGUGUGCGCUCCAAAUUAUGAAAAAGGUCAAGAUCAAACCAGCGCGAAGUCGGGACAUUCUACUGAUUUAUUAGGAAAAAUAUCGGCCGCCAUGAAACUGAAAUCGGCCGAAGUGACUGGCAAAUUAAUCGAUUAUAUCGUCAAUCCUAAUAAUAGUCCUGUGCAAGAAAGGCAUGUUUCCAGCAGUGAUAGAUUAGGGAAGCGUUAUAGAGAUGUCGCCCCCGUUUUUAGCAUAGAUGACGAUAACGAGAAUAUCGCAGCAAUAAAGCAAAUCGAAGACGAAGAUCAGCACGAGGUUGUCCAAUUAAACGCCUACUUGAACAGUCCCGAAGUAAUCCAACACUUUGCCUGUCAAGAAGUGAAUCUUAACGGAUUUAUGUACAAAAGUCAUCUGUUAGUAACCGAUUCGCAACUGAUAGUGUUGCGAGAGAUGUCAAAUAAGAAAGGUUCAGCGGAAUUGAUAGUCAAACGUCCACUAUCGGCCAUCGUUAAGAUUACGGCAAGGAAAAGGCAUCCGGAACUGAUUACGUUCAAAUACGGACUUCUAGACGGGGAACAUUUGAAAAUUUCGGAUAUGGACAGAUUCCUAAUACCGAACGCGGAACUAGCAACCAAAGUUAUAUCGGAUCAGAUUUUAAAGCAGUUGAAACCUAGUGAUGGUUAACUUUUAUUCCUUAACCAGUCAUUUCUGUAAACGACAG